UUAAAAAUAAUAUAGAAACUUUAUUAUAAUUUAUAAUUUUUAAUCGAAUUAAAGAUAACAGUUUGCUAUAUAAACGAGUGCAGUUAUUGCAAAUUUUGAUCUUAUCGUUUCGAUAUUGACUAAAGACCAUAGAUUUCAAAACUUAACAAAAAUGGAUUUCGCAACAGCGUGUGAAAAAGCAAAAGCCUUCACUAAAAAGCCAAGUGAUGAAAUCUUUUUGGAAUUCUAUGGACUAUUCAAACAAGCAACUUGUGGAGAUUGUAAUAUUGCAAAACCAGGUGGAGUUGAUUUGAAAGGAAAAGCCAAAUGGGAUGCAUGGAAUAACUGCAAGGGAAUGUCUGCAGAUGCAGCAAAGACAGCUUAUGUACAGUGCUAUCAGAAAUAUGCUCCUAAAUAUGCCUAAGAAAUUGUUGAAGGAAUGGUUGAACGUUAUUCUGGUUGAAAAUUCUGUUAAAAAAGGUUGAAAUUCAG